GGAAGGUGAAGGCAUCUCACCAUGGUCAUCCAGCUCUACGCUACUAUCUAUCUGUUUCUCCAAAGUAUGGCCCUAGGGGAGAUAUGUAUCACACAAGAUCCAGCUUUAAAUGUGUCUUAUUUGGAUAUUGCAAGAAUAAGCUGCCACUGGAACAGUGAUAAGGGUCAACAGUUCAGAGUCGUAUGGAGGAAGCAUAUUUCAAGUCCUGGAGAAGAGAAUGGGACCGAGUUAUGUUCUGUUUUGAGGACUGAGAACAGCAGCAAUUCAGAAGUAAGAAGUAAGAUAACUUGCAAUGCGACCAAUAAUUCUUCACUCCUGACCAUACAUGGGGUCACCAAGGAUGAUGGUGGGAAGUAUGUCUGUGAGGUUACUAGAGAAAUACCAACACUGAAGAAAGGAAGAGGGGACGGGACACAAUUAUAUGUCCAGGAUGAUAUUAGAGCUGUUUUCAUUCCAGAUAUCAAAUUUUUGUACCUGACCAUCCUUCUCAUUAUUCCCAUACUGAUAAUUGUGUGCUGCCUGUACUGCAAAAGGAAGAAGAAAAAAGAUGCCUUUCGUGAUCACAUAUAUGGAAAUGUUAAAAGAAACACAUCAAGGUCGAGUAAGCAGUCGACUUGCAAAAAAAGUAAAAGUUAUGCAAAUAAGACCUCAGCAUCAAACGUCCCCAUAGAAAAGUGUUUCCCUACCAGGGUGUCCAGAUCCCCAAUUAGAGGUUCCCCAAAACACAUCACAACAGUGAAGAAAAAGUGAUUUCAGCGGCUCAAAGAUGCUCUGAGCCAAAUGAUAGCACUGGACAAGAAUUAUA